UAUAAACCCUCGCUUAGACCAAUAACUCUUUUGUUGAAUAAUUCCGAAUCUGACUAAAGACAAGGAAACAAUCAUAAAAUUUUCAAUAUAGGAAACCCCGAUACACGAAACAGGAAAUGACUUCACUGCUGCUGCAACAUAAAUCCCACGCAUUUUCUCUCAAUCAAAACAGAUAAAUUAAAACAAGUCAUGAAUAAGAACCAUAAAUUUUUAAUUAACAGCUAGACAUUGACAGAAUAGGAUAUUAUUGACAACUCCGACUGUGUCUGACUUGGCUGGGGAAGGGCCAUUUUUAACAGUCGAGAAAGAAAGAGGAAGAGAAACAAAAUUUGUGGAGAGAUGCAUUCUUUUGGAUACAGGGCGAAUGCCCUCUUAACAUUUGCGGUGACAAUUCUAGCGAUCAUAUGCGUCAUGGCCUCCCUUUCCGACAAUCUUAACACGCCCAACCCACAUGCGCAGAUCGAUGUUUUGAACGUUAAUUGGUUUCAAAGACACCCAAACGGGAAUGACGAGGUUAGUUUGACACUGAAUAUCUCAGCAGAUUUACAGUCAUUGUUUACAUGGAACACAAAGCAGGUCUUUGUUUUCGUGGCAGCUGAAUAUGGGACAGAAAAGAAUUCAUUGAAUCAGGUUUCUCUAUGGGAUGGUAUCAUACCUUCAAAGGAGAAUGCUAAGUUCUGGAUUCAUACAACAAAUAAAUAUGCCUUUGUGGAUCAGGGGAGCAAUCUACGUGGCAAAGAGUUCAAUUUGACGAUGCACUGGCAUGUUAUGCCAAAGACAGGUUAUAUGUUUGCUGACAAAAAAGUGAUAUCAGGGUUCCACCUGCCAGAGGAAUACAGAUAGCAUUGAUGUAUUAAACUGAUUCCGGCAGUUAAGAUGCUAACAUUAUAGCUCACUCUAUGAUAAAUUUUGAGGAAAAAUCUUCCUACUUCUGCUUGUGUAACUGUAGUCUUUAAUGCAUCUUCUUUGAACCCUAGUAAACGAUAGACACAAGAUUAUGUAAGUCAGAUCAUUAUGGCAUUUAACUUACUGGAAGGUUUGCUAGGUUUGUCGGUCGAGGCAAACCAAUCAGAUGAAUAGCCAUUCAAUUUUGCAAAAGAUGCGUUUGCUUUAUUGAGGUCAGGGCCAUAAUAUUACAUAUUUAUUCUAAAUGACUGUUUGAUUAAAUUUUAUUGUCAUCCUUCAUUGAA